GCUCUUGCCGAUUUGGUUUGUUUUAGGCCAUUAUUAUUAUUAUUUGGUCAUAUUUUUAAACAUUAGGAAACUUCAUUUCUUAAGUCCAAAACUUGACCCCGUCGACACCGCCGAGCACAUCUGUCCAAAACUUCGGCCACCUCACAUCUCUCCACGUGGCGGUAGACAGCAGCCUCUAAGAUCCGGUGCCGGUGCCUCUUACCUGGUUAAACUACUCAAAUAUUUAAUAUCCAAAUCUUGCUAAGUUUAUAGUACUACUACUAAUAAUAAUAAUAAUAUGUCAUGCUUUAUAAUUUAUCAUAUGUUAUAUUGAUGUCCAUUUGGUAUUUAAAAAAAAAGAAUAAUAAAAAGGAAAAAACAAAUUGACCCACUUUAGAGUAAUAAGUUAGUUGGGGAGUGAGGGUCAGACGGCCUGCUUGAGUAAGACUCAUUUGCCAUUUUUACACUUAUAUCUUUGGGUAUGUGGGUGUGGGGGGUGGUGGGAGCUGUAUAGAAAGUGACUUCUGCUUAUUCCACCUCCAAUUCCUUCUCUUCCUCUUCCCUUAUCUACCUUCAUCUUCUUCCUCUUUCAUUCAUUUUUUUUUUUUUCUUUGUUUCGAAGAAAGAAGAAAAUAAGAGAAAGAGAUAUGGGGAAUUGCCAAGCCAUAGAUGCUGCAGCACUGGUUAUACAACACCCAAGUGGGAAGAUUGAGAGGUUGUAUUGGAAUAUAAGUGCAAGUGAGGUUAUGAGAUUGAAUCCUGGUCAUUAUGUUUCUUUGAUUAUUCCAUUGCCCUUAUCCGAAAAUGAAGAAGAAAACAACAAAAACAACAACAACAACAACAACUACGAGCAGAAGACUGUCCGGUUCACCCGGGUUAAGCUUCUUCGGCCUAAUGAAACUCUUACUCUUGGCCAUGCUUAUCGGCUUGUCACUACACAAGAGGUUAUGAAGGUGUUACGGGCAAAAAAGUAUGCAAAAUCAAAGAAACAGCAACAGGAAACAGUAGAGAAGUCGGAGACAACAGCUUCUUCUGAGAAGCAGCUGAGUUCAAAGUGUGAGGAGGAAGAGGGGAAGUCUGAGAAGAAGACAUAUCAGGCUUCUAAACAUGAAAGACAGCGACCAAGGAUGACACCUGCGAAUGCUACUGUGACAAGGUCAAAAUCUUGGCGUCCAUCGCUGCAGAGCAUCUCUGAAGCUGCAAGCUGAUGGUUACUUUCGGAAUCUAGUUGCAAAAUGCAGACUAGCCUAUCAAUUUGUAAUGGACUGGCUCUUUCAUAGGUGGGAGUCCUCAAACAUGGAAAUGUAGAUUCACCAUCAGUCAUGGAGUUGCUCUACCAAAACUUUCAAAUCCAUCGAAAAACAUCGCGUCAAUUCAAACCGUGUUCAAGUAAUAAGACAUCUGUACAGCUACAACCCAAAAAAAAAAAAAAAAAAAAGUUGCCAUGAAUCUGACAUUCUAUUAGAAAUAAAUUUUUUUGUGAACAGACAUGGGUUUCACCUU